UAUGAGAUGGGUUUUACCGAGCAACAGGUGCGCGAUGCCCUCCAUGCUGGCUGUCUUACUGCUCCAGAGGCCGCCAAUUGCUAGGCCCAGUUUUCUAGAGGGAGGACUGAGGUCACUCUGCCCUGGGGAGCAUGCGCUGGUAUUGAUGCUGCCGCCACCCACAACUGGCUCUCUGCAUUCUUACUCUUGGCAAGAGGAAGCAUUAAAAGGAGCAGCUCACAGCAGUGUGUCAUUCCAAACAGCAAUGGUAUUCUGAGUGUGUCUCCUCGGGGCUGGAAAUUCUUUUACAUCGACACGUAGUUUGUAGAAUUCCAGAACGGUUGCUGCAGGAGAGGGUGGGAGAUCAGCCGCAGCCACAGCCACUGCAAAGCAACCCUCCCAGAGCACCGGACCAAAGAGCCAUGGAUGCCUUCAACCCACCCAGGCAGGCCCAGGAGGCAUUGCCAGGGCCAGCCGCUGCCAGUCUGGGCCACAGACCACCAGGCCCCAGGAUGGAGUUAGCUGACGCGGCCACGAAGGACUCCCGUGGCAGAGUGGGCAGGCAUGCUUUUGCAGAGCAGCAGCGGCAGCAGCUGGCCGAGCAGAUAAAAGCCGAAAAGAGGAACAAGCGGCGGGAACAUGAGCUGGCCUUGCAACGAAUUGCAGAUGACCGGCAGCGUGUCCAGAUGAAGGCCCAGGACCAGCGGAUGCAAGCCUUGCCUGCCCAGGCUGUCCCAGUGGAGAACAGAGCACGGCCCUCAAGUGACAGGCAGUGCCUGCUUAUGGUCCGGCUCCCCUCGGGGGACUCCGUGCGUGCAUGUUUCACAGCUGACUCCUCCCUGGAGAGCGUCCAGCAGCACCUCUUCUCUCUGUGCCCAGAGCUGCCGCCCUCCUUCUCCUUCCUGCAAGGAUUUCCCAAGCGGCACUUUGGCCCAGCCGACCUGCCAAGCAGCCUGCAGGCUCUGGGCCUGGCCCCCAGCGCCACCCUCUGCAUCCUGGGCCCAGUGCUGGAUGCCCCGGAUUCCAGGGGGCCUGUACCGGAGCCCCCACCACAGACCCCCCCUGAGGCAAUGGUGGUGGGAUUUGGCCAGCAGCAGCAACAGCAGCAGGAGGAGAGAGCAGCCUUCAUACAAAGCAGGGGGGUGCUGCCUUCGCUCCUCCACUCCCCAGCACAGAGGGUGGUUCCGGGAGACCUCAGAGGGAUCUGUAGCCACAGGGGCCUGGCCUUCCCUGAGCGUCAUCGCUGGGGCAGGGGACAGAGGCUGGACUCAGAGGAGCCCAUGGAGGAGGGGGAGCCCUUGGCAUCAGUGCGGGUGGAAGAAGAAGAGGAAGAAGAAGAGGCCCCCGGUGAGGAGCCACCUCUGCUGGACCGGCCCAGGCAUCCAGGUUCCCUGCCCCCCAGGGAACGUGCUCGGGAGGUCCCAGGGCCUCGGCACCAAUGGCCAGCAGAGGGCAACCUGCUGAGGAGUGCAGAUGGUGACAGAGAAGAGCCGCCCGACCUGCCGCUCGCCGUGGCCCAGGCGGCUGAGCAGCGCCUCCAGCAGGCAGUCGCGCGGGGCCAGGAAGAUGCCGAGAGGGUCCUGCCUCCUGCAACGCCUCCCCUAGGCCGCAGACCACCCCUCGUGCUGCCACUCUUCCAGCUGUCUCUGCAGGGGGCCGUUGCCCUCCUCACAGCCCCCAGGAAGCAGUACUGCAGCAGCCUGUCCUCCCUGACGCCGACGCUGGCAGAGCAUCUCUUGGCCCACCUGGCCCAGCAAGGCCUGCUGAGCCCCCGCAGCCUAAGGCUCUUCUUUGGCUGCCCCCUCCAGAAGCUGGCCCUCGACUGCUACCCCUACGCCACCAAUGAGCUGCUGCGCCAGCUGCGGGCCUUCCCCAGCCUCCGCCACCUCAGCCUCCUCUCCUGCCCGGUCAUCACUGACCAGGGCCUCUCUGUGGUGCAGCACCUGACCCGCCUCCAGCACCUCAACCUCUCUGCCUGCGUGAAGCUCACAGACAACUGCCUGCACUUCCUGAAAGGGCUCACCCAGCUCUCUCACCUGGCGCUCGACCAGACACAAGUCUCGGACCGGGGCCUGGCUGAGUUCCUGCCCUCGGCACCUCCCUCCCUCACCCACUUGAGCCUCAACCAGACAGGCAUCACGGAGAGCACCCUUCGCCUUCUGCCUCAGUGCGCCCCCCAGCUCUGGAUGCUGAGUGUCAAGCAGACAGGCGUCACUGAUGUUUCAGCACUGCGGGGCUUGGAAGCUCUGCAAGCGCUUCAUCUUGACGGCACCCGCGUGAGCGAGACCUCCCUCCGGGCCCUCUCCUCGCACCCCUCCCUCUCCAGCCUGACGCUUUCAGGAGUCCAGUCGGUUGACAGCAACAAAGCCCUGCAGCUGGUCUCAGGGCUGCCCUUGGUGCACCUGUCUUUGCCAAGCCGGCACACGGUGACCGAUGCUGGCCUGGCUGCCUUGUGUCACCUGACUGGCCUCCUGGAACUGGACCUGACGGACUACACCCAGGUCACAGAUGAGGGUCUGCAGCAUCUGCCGCAGCUGUGCAGGCUGCGUCGCCUGUCGCUCUCCAACACGCUGGUCACAGACAGCGGCUUGCCCCACGUUCAGGGUCUGCAGCUUCUGGAGGAGCUGUGCUUGGAUCGCCUCAAGAUCUCCAGUGCAGGGGUGGCGUGCUGCAUCGUCCGUCUCCCCCACCUGCAGGUGCUGAGUCUGGCCAGCACCCCAGUCGGAGACACUCUGGCCCGGCUGGGCAUUGCCCGCUGCAAGCAGCUGCUGAAAGCGAACCUGAGCCGCACCCGCCUCACUGACAGAGGACUGCGCUUCCUCCACCAGGUGCCCCUCGUCCAGCUCAACCUCGAUGGCUCAGGCGUGAGUGCUCUUGGGGUGGCCAACUUCCUGGCAGCCUGCCCCACCAUUGGCAGCGUCCGCGCCAGCCACUUGCGCAUCCUGUCCUCAGAGGAUGUCUCGGAUGAAGAAGGACCCAGCUAGGCGGGUGAUGUAAACCCUCCCCCAGGCAUUGGCUGGUGCCUGUCCGGUUUCUCCCCCCCCCCAAAAAAAAAAAAUGGCAUGGUGCACUUUCUCCCACGUCUCUCUUCUGGUUGCUGGAUUGCCCGACUGCUUUGCUCUGGCUCUUCAGGAGACUGAUUUCGUUGCUUCUGGUUUUCUGCUGUGCUGGACUGGCCAGGGUUGGCGUUUGUGCAUCAUCACACGAGAGGUGUUUUGGGAGUCCUGCAGUGAUGAGGAAUCUUGGCUUUGGUCUAAAUUCUGACUUGUUUCCUCUCUCACCUUGUGGGGGGAGCCUUUUUGAGGAUUUCCCUGCAGAUGCACAAUGGGUGGUGGUGUUUUUUAAAGAGGUCUGUUUUAAAGUGUGCGGCUCCAGGUUCUGCUUCCACGACAAGGAGCAACUCCAUCCUGGGAAUCAGCAGGCCGAAAAAGGAACAGCAUUGGAGAGCGUGAGGACAAAACGUCAAGCAGCAGCCUGUUCCUGGGGUGGAAGAUGCUGGCAGCCAUCGCUGUGCUCCAGUUUCUGUGGAGAAGGAAAGAGACAUAAGAGUGGGCUGAGAUACAGGGGCCUGCCCUUUUCGGGCUCUCUUGGCCCUUUCCCAGCUUGGGAGCAGCCUGGGGCAGUGAGCAAGGGUGGGGUGACAGAGAACUGAAAUCUAUCUGAAGCUUGUGCCUUAAUGAUUUCCAAUAAAAAGAGAAAUUGA